AUCCUGCAAUUCGCUUUCGUACUUGACCUCCAGCCGCUCGUUGGCUAUUUCCUUUCAUCAUGAGCGGGUUCCGGUUUCUGAACCUCGUGCGCCCGUUUCUGCCCAUUCUGCCCGAGGUUUCGUCCCCAGACCGGAAAGUACCGUUCAACCAAAAGGUGCUAUGGACCGCGGUGACGCUGCUUAUUUUCCUGGUGUGCUCCCAAGUCCCCCUGUACGGCAUCAUGUCUUCCGACUCGUCCGACCCACUUUACUGGCUUCGUGUCAUACUGGCUUCUAACCGUGGAACGCUUAUGGAGCUCGGUAUCAGUCCUAUACUGACCUCUGGAAUGAUCAUGCAACUAUUGGCCGGCGCAAACUUGAUCGAGGUCGACUUUUCGUUGAAGGAGGACCGCGCGUUGUUCAGCAGUGCUCAGAAGCUGUUCGCCCUCAUCAUCUCACUUGGACAAGCCACCGUCUAUGUCCUCACGGGUCUCUACGGCCAGCCGCGCGACCUCGGCGCCGGCGUGUGCCUCCUCCUGAUCCUGCAGCUCGUGUGCGCCGCGCUCAUCGUGAUCCUGCUCGACGAGCUGCUCCAAAAGGGCUACGGCCUCGGCUCCGGCAUCUCCCUCUUCAUCGCGACCAACAUCUGUGAGUCCAUCGUCUGGAAGGCCUUCUCGCCCACCACAAUCAAUACCGGCCGCGGGCCCGAGUUCGAGGGCGCCAUCGUCGCUCUCUUCCAUUUGCUGUUUACCUGGAACGACAAGGGCCGCGCGCUUCGCGAGGCGUUCUGGCGCGACCGUCUCCCGAACAUCAUGAACCUCGUUGCGACUGUCGCCGUCUUCGCCGUCGUCAUCUACCUCCAGGGCUUCCGCAUCGAGAUCCCCGUCAAGAGUAACCGCUUCCGCGGCCAGCGCGGCAGCUAUCCCGUCAAGCUCUUCUAUACCAGCAACAUGCCCAUCAUGCUGCAGAGCACCCUCACUUCGAACGUCUUCAUCGUCUCGCAGAUGCUCGCGAGCCGCUUCCCGGACAACUUUUUCGUCAAGCUGCUCGGGACUUGGGAGCCUAUGGAGGAUUCUCCCCAGCUCGAAGCCGUCGGCGGUCUCGCGUACUACAUGUCGCCGCCGCACACGCUGCGAGCCGCGCUCCUCGACCCGCUGCACACCCUGCUCUACAUCGCCUUCACGCUCUCCGCCUGCGCGCUCUUCUCCAAGACGUGGAUCGAGAUUUCGGGCAGCGGCCCACGCGACGUCGCCAGGCAGCUCAAGGACCAGCAGCUCGUGAUGGCCGGCCACCGCGAAGCUUCGAUGUACAAAGAACUCAAGCGCGUCAUCCCCACUGCUGCGGCGCUGGGCGGCGCUAUGCUUGGCCUGCUCUCCGUCGUUGCGGACCUCAUGGGCGCGCUCGGUAACGGCACCGGUAUCCUCAUGGCCGUCACCAUCAUCUACAGCUACUGGGAGAUUGGUAUCAAGGAGUCCGGCCCUGGGGAGAUGGGGGCAUUCGGGGAUCUCAUCUAAAGUAUCUCGUGGAUGUGUAGCGCAAUGCAAUAUUGAGCUCUACGAGUCAUGAUGGGAAGAACCGCGGGGUCAGCGCGAAACGAGGCUGCUUGACGAGGGGUGCACGAUAUAUAUUUUUGUGUAUAUCUAUAUACCUAGUCGAGCGAUCGGCUGUUAAUGAAACCGAAAGCGAAGACCAAGCGGGCUCGUUUGAACGAGACAC